AUGGCCCCCAGAAUGUCAGAGACGUCGACGGUUCCUACACCCACUUUUACGCCGGCUCUGGAGCCGCCAGAAGGUGUGCAGUCCAAUCCCGAGCAUCCGGCUUCCUUAGCUAGGCUCGCCGAUAUCACGAUCGGGAUAUGCAUUCCAUUUGUUACCAUAUUUUUUAUCCUGCGAUGCUAUGCCCGCAUUGCUAUUAAGCGCGUAUGGAUAUUCGAAGAUUUCAUAGUGACGGCCGCCUGGGCAGGCACCAUUGCCUACUGCGGCAUUAUGAGGGCUACCAUGUCCCAUCAUGGUGGUCAGCACGGUUGGGAUAUCACGCCGGAUCAACUCCACGAAGCCUCGUACUGGUUUAACGUCGCGUCCAUCGAAUACGGAGUCAUGAUCGGAGUCACCAAGCUUGCGGUUCUCUGGUUGUAUCGUCGCGUCUUCUCGCCGAUCCGAUGGAGUAUAUUUGACAUCGCCAUCGUCACGCUUAUCGUCCUUAUUACCGGCUUCUACGGGAUCACCACCUUCGUCAAGAUUUUCGAGUGUACGCCCCGGGAGAAGAUCUGGAAUAAGCCGCUCCCUGGGACAUGUGUGCAGACGAAUCUAAUAUUAAACGUCAGCGGUGGCUUUAACACAGUGACCGAUUUCUUGAUUCUAUUGCUUCCCGUCCACGCCGUCCGGCAGCUCCAGAUGGAUAAACUAAAGCAAACUCUUGUCGUCUUGGCAUUUACCUUUGGUCUAUGCGCUCCUAUUUUCGCAACAAUCGGCUUCGUCGUGCGUCUCAAGAACAGCGGCAAUCCCGAUACAUCUUGGAGGCAGCCCGAGAUUCUCCUAUGGGGAGCAGCGGAACUCGCCUCCGGCAACCUAUGCGUCUGCUUCCCUGAGCUCGCGUUCCUCUUCCGGAAGCGAAACCGCAAGGCCAAUACUCCAAAUCGCCCGACUGCCUCUCAAGUCAGGGGCUGGAACGAAUCGAAGGGAUCAUCCCAUCCGCCAUCGGACCCAUACUUUACCAAGAGUCUUAUGGGCACGAUGUUUAGCACGAAUGGAGAUGGGCCGUAUAUCGAGCUGCAAGACCAUGGUAAUGAUGUGAAUGUGAUGCCAAUGGGGCAUCUACAUCACAGAGAGAAGCCGGAAGAAGGCGUUGUAAUAAUAAGAAAUGAAGUUACGGUUGAGCGUCAAUAG